CUCCAACCAAAUUAAACCCCGCAAAAAAUGCAUACUCUUACUCUACCUCUGGCUCUCCUUCUCUUCGCCGUCAUAAUUCCACCACCGCUCUCCCUCUCCUCCGCCGUCUCUUCCGUCGACCCUUACCGUUACCGUUAUCUCAAACCACUUCACCGCCAGAGCUCACCCCAAGAGUUCAUCGAACUGGCUCACCCUCUGCCAUCUUCUGAUCCCGUGACUCCCUCGUGCACUCUCACUAUAAUCAACCACUCCUUCGGUAACACCAUCAACAAACGUCCGUUUACCGCCCCUUACUCUCCACCGUCCUAUUGCCCCCGACCAUGGUCCCACGUCAUCCUCGAGUUUCAUGCCAAAGUCAAAGGCGAACAAUACGAUCGCAUUGCCGGCUUGUGGCUCGGCGGCGUUGAGCUUCUCCGUACAAGCACAGCCGAGCCCAGCGAGUCUGGUAUUUUCUGGAAAGUUCGUAAAGAUAUAACGAGGUACUCUUCUCUCCUCGUACAAUCAAACCUCAACGUUACAAUGAUGUUAGAAAAUAUCGUUAACGAUGUGUUUACCGGGGUUUACCAUGUUAACGUCAAUCUCUUGUUUUUCAAAGAUAAAGACGUUACUGGUACGGUUCCGUCUAUUCUUUCUUCAGAUAAUUUCAAUUCAACAUUGGGGUUUGAAUCUGAUAAAUACUACUAUCCACCGGCUGAUUUGAUCUUACCAAUAUCAAAUAAUGAUGGUGAAAGAGAAGGAUUUUGGUUUCGAGUUGAAAGUGAAUCAGAUUUAAAUUUUAAGAAAAUUAAAUUUCCACGCAAUGCUUAUCGAGUCAUCUUGGAGUUGUAUGUUUCUUUUCAUGGAAAUGAUGAGUUUUGGUACUUGAAUCCACCGAAUUCUUACAUAGAAAAGAAUAAUUUAACUACUAGUCGUGGUAAUGGAUUUUAUAGAGAGGUUUUGGUGACCAUUGAUGGGAAAUUAGUUGCAUCAGAAAUUCCAUUUCCGGUUAUAUUUACCGGCGGUAUUAAUCCUCUGUUCUGGGAGCCUGUUGUUGCAAUUGGGGCUUUUAAUUUACCGUCUUAUGAUCUCGAUUUGACUCCAUUUUUGGGGGUGGUUUUGGAUGGGAAAGAACAUAAGAUUGGUAUUGAAGUUAAAGAUGCUAUUUCAUAUUGGCUUGUAAAUGCAAAUUUGCAUAUUUGGUUAGAUAGUGGGUCGUCUGAGGUUAAAGCAGGAUCUGGUGAGUAUCGCUAUCCGAAUCUUACUCUUCAUACUAAUGAAGCUUUCAGAUUCCUUGAUGGGCGAUUAGAUGUCAAGGCAAGGAGAAGGACUGGGUAUGAGGGGUGGGUUAAGUCAAGUUUAGGUAUUUUGACCACCAGAGUUAUGAGGCAGUUUAGAUUCAGGGGCUUCUUGAGUUUCGACAAGAAUGGUACUCAUAAGUUGGUGCAACAAAGGAUUAAGGUUAAGAGACAAGUGGAGGUGAGAAAUGAGAGGGGUAUUUUGGUUACUCAUGUGAUUAUUAAUAGGAGGUAUCCUGUUGAGGUGAAAACUGUUUCUUCACCUGGAUCAGAGAAGGAUCGUUAUGUGCUUGAAACGGACGUGAGCCAUUUCUUUAGGGAGCAAUGUUUAAUUGGGAAGACUCGGAGUACUGUUUAUAAUUCUCAGAUUUCUGGGGGAUGGAUGGAGGUUAAGGAUCAUUCUGUGCUGUCUGGUGAAGCAAAUACUGAGCAGAGUUACAGUUACAGGGAUGAGUUUGGUUGUUACUCUCACAGUGUUGUAGCUAGCAAUGGCGAGCUCAUAAGUGACAAACCUAUUCCUUGUAUAUCCGCUUUCUAGUUUUAAUCAAUGUUUGUCUUUGCCACUCAGGAAAAAGUUGCAGAGACUAGAACGUGGAGAAGCAGAGGCUUAGAGUGUCUUGCAGAUUUGCAGCACUACUGGACUACCAUGACCAAUAUAGCUUGAUAGCCCUGCACACAGCAGCCAUGAAAGGGCAAAAGUAUGUAGUACUGGUGCUGAUAAUAUUUGGGGAGUAUUAUGGGGGCUAAGCUAUACACCAUUUGGCCGUGGGAGGUAGGAGCAUGGAGGCUGUGGAGGUUUAACUUGACAAUGGAACCAAUUUUUGUGCUAAAGGAAGAAGUGGUUCUACACCUCUGUACAUAGCACACAAGCUAUGGGCUAUACUGGUAUGUCACGGCUGAUAAUUAACAGGAAGGUUCCUCAUCUAUAUCUUCCUUAUCGUCAUAUGUUUUAUGAUAAAAAAAACCACAAGAAUCACUGAGCAUUGGAUACAGUAUGAUCUUAUUUAAUGUAAAUAACUUGCUGUUUUUACUCUUGUUGACUCCAUUGUAAAUCUGCAAGUAUAUUUAGACUGAAAACUUAGACCCUUUGGUUGGAGGAUACAAAUGAAUGCAUUUAAAUACAGGAGGAGGACUGCGUAGCAAAUAAGUGGAAGCUUUAUACUUCUGGGCAAGAGUGUUGAGUCUUUAACUCUUUAUGUAUCAAAUGGGUCAGGUUGGGUUGACCCGAUUUGUUUAAAACCCACAAUG